AUCCAUUCAUAAGGCGCUACUCAAGAAAUCUCCGACCAUACACACCGAAAAGAUCACGAAGCUGCGCAAACCAAGUUCCAGGAAUCACAAGCCAGGCGCAGGAGAAGCUUAUUGUCAAGCCUCAGCUCCGGCCACUGAGGCAAGCAAGCCCAAAAAUUAUCAUGGCUCACACUGAUAGUGAGCCCGUGCCGGAACAGUACUGAUAUCGUCAACCAACCUGGGUCAGAGGUGGACAUUGCCACAUGCCCGGCCUGACACUUAUCAACUUUCUGUUCUUCAGGGAAGAAGAGGGCCAUCGAUGGAGGAAGCUAAUUGGGGAGCUGGAGGAGUCAAGGGUCGUCAUUAUCGAGGAGGCCGAGAAUGGAGGUAACGUCGGAAUAUAUGAGAAGCGACUGGCUGAAGUGGAAGGAGAGAUGCGACUGCGACCGGGCUUGGGAUCGCAGCAGGCGCAGGCGAAUGCGCAGCUACCAGACUGCCCUCUAAAGUGGGACCGCGGCUUAUGAUUUUGAGCCUUAAACCUAAGGCAGGGAUCGAUGAAGAUAUUUUGGGU